GGCGGAGGAAGAGGCGGCCUGGGCCUGCCGAGCCGUUGCAGUCUUCGCGGCUGCUAUGCCCAGGGUGCGCGACGCCCUCAGCAGCUCCGUGCAGCGCUAGAGGCGGCCGAGCGCUCGCCGACGCCGCCCGGAUCCCCGGUGCCACCGCCGCUUGUCCGCUCCCGCAGCUCCCGCCGCUCCUCCGGCGUCGCCUGCGAGACCAGGCGGAGGCAAGAUGAAGAUGACGGUAGAUUUCGAGGAGUGUCUGAAGGACUCUCCCCGCUUCAGGGCUGCUUUGGAAGAAGUAGAGGGCGAUGUGGCAGAGCUGGAACUAAAACUUGAUAAGCUUGUGAAGCUUUGCAUUGCAAUGAUUGAUACUGGCAAAGCCUUCUGUCUUGCAAACAAACAGUUCAUGAAUGGAAUUCGAGAUCUGGCACAGUAUUCUAGUAAUGAUGCUGUAGUUGAGACAAGUUUGACCAAGUUUUCUGACAGUCUUCAAGAAAUGAUAAAUUUUCACACAAUCCUGUUUGACCAAACUCAGAGAUCAAUUAAGGCACAGCUUCAGAACUUUGUUAAAGAAGAUCUUAGAAAAUUCAAAGAUGCCAAGAAACAAUUUGAAAAAGUCAGCGAGGAAAAGGAAAAUGCACUAGUAAAAAACGCCCAAGUUCAAAGAAACAAACAGCAUGAAGUUGAAGAGGCCACGAACAUUCUCACAGCCACGAGGAAGUGCUUCCGGCACAUCGCCCUUGACUAUGUCCUUCAGAUUAACGUGCUUCAAUCCAAGAGGAGAUCAGAAAUCCUGAAAUCAAUGCUGUCCUUCAUGUACGCACAUCUGGCCUUCUUCCACCAAGGCUAUGACCUGUUCAGUGAGCUUGGGCCCUACAUGAAAGACCUUGGAGCGCAGUUGGAUCGACUGGUUGUGGAUGCAGCAAAGGAGAAAAGGGAGAUGGAGCAAAAACAUUCUACUAUCCAACAGAAGGCUGCAUUACAGGACUUCUCCAGUGACGACUCCAAGCUAGAGUAUAACGUAGACGCUGCAAAUGGCAUUGUCAUGGAAGGGUACCUCUUCAAGCGAGCCAGCAAUGCCUUCAAAACAUGGAACAGGAAAAAGCCCGAUCAUAUCAGACGCUGGUUCUCCAUACAGAACAAUCAGUUGGUUUACCAGAAAAAGUUCAAGGACAGCCCGACUGUGGUGGUGGAGGACCUCAGACUCUGCACGGUGAAGCACUGCGAAGACGUGGAGCGCCGCUUCUGCUUUGAGGUCGUCUCUCCAACCAAAAGUUGUAUGCUCCAGGCAGAUUCUGAAAAGCUUCGCCAGGCCUGGAUUAAGGCUGUGCAGACCAGCAUUGCCACUGCUUACAGAGAGAAGGGUGAUGAGUCAGAGAAGUUGGAUAAGAAAUCAUCUCCAUCAACAGGAAGCCUAGAUUCUGGAAAUGAGUCAAAAGAGAAGUUAUUGAAAGGAGAAAGUGCACUGCAGCGCGUCCAGUGUAUCCCUGGCAACAGCAGCUGCUGUGACUGUGGUCUGGCAGACCCUCGGUGGGCCAGCAUCAACUUGGGCAUUACCUUGUGUAUUGAGUGCUCUGGCAUUCAUCGGAGUCUUGGGGUUCAUUUUUCGAAAGUACGAUCUUUAACCUUAGACACUUGGGAGCCUGAGCUUUUAAAGCUUAUGUGUGAAUUGGGCAAUGAUGUUAUAAACCGUGUUUAUGAAGCUAAACUGGAAAAAAUGGGAAUAAAGAAACCACAGCCAGGACAAAGAUUCACUGAAAAGCAUUUUAGAAGAUGGAGUCAGAUUCCAAGGAGCUGUAUUUACAGACAGGAGAAAGAGGCAUAUAUCAGAGCAAAAUAUGUGGAGAGGAGAUUUGUGGAUAAAUACUCCGUGCUAUCACCACCUUCUGAGCGGGAGGCAAGGGUUAGCUCCAGAAGCUGUGAAGAGCGGAGGCUGAGCCAAGUCAGGGUGCCUGUCCACACCACAGUGGCUGCUGUAAAUAGCGACGAGGCCAGGCGGGAGUCUCUGUUCUGUCCUGAUGAGCUAGACUCACUCUUCUCCUACUUUGAUACUUCUUCAAAACUGCGUAGUAUUAAAAGUAAUGACAGUGGGAUCCAGCAAGGCUCUGAUGAUGGGCGAGAAUCUUUAUCUUCCACCGUGUCAGCCAAUAGCUUAUAUGAGCCUGAAGGAGAAAGGCAAGAGUCUUCUGUGUUUCUUGACUCUAAACAUCUUAAUCCAGGACUUCAGCUUUAUAGAGCUUCAUAUGAAAAAAACCUUCCCAAAAUGGCUGAGGCUUUGGCUCAUGGUGCAGAUGUGAACUGGGCUAAUUCAGAUGAGAACCAAGCAACAGCACUCAUCCAGGCUGUACUAGGGGGCUCUUUGGUGACAUGCGAGUUCCUUUUACAGAAUGGUGCUAAUGUGAACCAAAGAGAUGUCCAAGGGCGGGGACCACUGCACCACGCCACUGUCCUAGGACACACAGGGCAGGUAUGUUUAUUCCUAAAGCGAGGUGCCAAUCAACAUGCCACUGAUGAAGAGGGGAAGGACCCUUUGAGCAUAGCUGUGGAAGCAGCCAAUGCUGACAUAGUAACCUUGUUACGUUUAGCAAGAAUGAAUGAAGAAAUGCGGGAAUCAGAAGGACUUUAUGGACAGCCAGGUGAUGAAACUUACCAGGACAUUUUUCGUGAUUUUUCUCAAAUGGCAUCCAAUAAUCCAGAGAAACUCAAUCGUUUCCAGCAAGAUUCACAGAAGUUCUGAGCCUUUUAAAGAGGGGGAAACUAUGAAAUUUGGUGAAUUCCUAAUGUGUACAACCAAAAUCUCAUACAUUUUUAAAUUCUACUUGAUUUUGGUAGACAUUGAAUUAAUUGUUUGGAAAAAUGGUACCCAGUCAUUGGCAUUUUUAUAAAUGAAAACAGAUGUCUCAUAGUUGGGAAAGGGAGAAAUCCACUAUAGUUCUUCUUUUAUUUAAGAAGAAAAAAGCCUGUUUAAUGGGUUGUGCUUUUAUAUAUCAUUGUAUCCAGAUCUAAGCCAUCUUUUAAGUUCAGAGAUGCUACACUGUUAGGUCCUUGCACUCUUUGUCAUGGGUGGUAACACUGGUUCUCCCUGGGAACAUUCAGUCACUAUGUCUGCGUCAAGUGGGAGCCAGUUCUCUUACCUGCAUCAAGGAUGUGUCUUUCCUAUAGCUUCCCUGAUAAUUGUUGGUGGUUCAGAAAUAUGUAUGUGUGUUUUCUGAUAGCUUAGCUCUGGUACCCAUGGUAGAUGAUGUAAUUACUAGGACUAGUGAGGAUGCCCCUCAUUUACUCAGAGAUGCCAUUGUACUUCAGUACUUUAGCAAACAUGGUUGCUGUACAGUCGAUUUAUUUCAUUUUAUGGUGCAAAGGAGCUCUUACUUUUUCUUUUUUCAAUCACCACAAGACUCCCAGCUCAGUUUUUAUUGUUGGGUUGAUUUCCUAAAACCUUGACAGAUCAUCAGUGCAAUAAAACCGCAUUUCAGAAGUUGACUAUUGCAAAAUUGGGCUUUCAUCACAACUUGGUGAUUUCAAAGAUAUUGUAGGGCAUUUUUAUAUUUGGAACACACACACACACACACACACACACACACACACACGUUUACUGUUACUCCUGGUGAAAGAAAAAUCUCCAUGUAAUGGAGAAAACUACUUUUUUGUUCAUACUAAAAUUUACCGGCAAUAAAUUUCUUUUAUUUUUUCUACAUUUAUCUUGUUUACUAUACAACAGUAUAUGUUCUUUUUAAAUGUAUCCUGUAUAUAGCUUUAGAAUUAAGUAAAAUAUAUGUCAUUGACUUUUGAGUUCCAGAAUUAUGAAUUUGUGACACAGUUGGGUGAGAAUCCAUCUCUGAUUGACUUGUCUUUGUCAGAGUAUGGAAUGCAUAAGUAAUUGCCUUGUGGUUCAUUUCCAGCACUGUUGAUAAUGUUUAAUCUUGUAGAAAUUAUUUGUAAGUAGUAGCAUUGAUACUCAGCUUCACAGGAACAUUUUUAAAUGUAUAUAAAAGUAUAGUUAAUUAAAUAAAAAAUUAACAUUUUCUCCACAGUAUGUAGAGCCUUACUUUGAUUAAAUAUAAAAUCAGAAUCUAGGCAGAAAUCAUAUUGAAAUAAAUUUGCAACACAGAUGUGGUUCCAUAGUUCAGCCAACUUGCAAGCAUAUAGCGCUCUAUUUAGUAAGUCACCACACACUAAGGAUAAAGUUGUGGUUUGUUUCUGAGGAAGUGCAAAGUUACACAGGACGAAAGGAAUUUUGUUUUUCCUGUCUCACUUCAAACUUGCAGAUUACCUGGCCUUGUAGGUAUUGUGUUACAGGCAAAAGCCUAACUUUAAUUGGCAUGUGUUUUGAAAUUAUUGCCCUAAAACAUGUUCAAGGAAGAACAAAGGCUAAGGGAAGGGAGCUAGGGAAGAAAGUCCGCCUUGUUCUGCAGGGUUUGUUCUCAGUCACUUGUGGGGCUCCUGCCUCAUCUGUGGAGGUGUGGACAGGCUGCCCUUUGGUUCAGAUGCUUGGGAACAGUCCUCUGGAUCUGCCUGCCUCCCUGGCUCGUGUUGGAAGUCCUUGGUGUGGCAGUCGGUACUGUCUGCUGCUAGAGUGUUUUUUGAAAUAAGCCUUAAAGACUCAAGUGUGUUUGAAAUGCCUUAAAGAUGAUUGUGGUUCUGAAAAAGCUAUGUCUUUUCAUACUGCAUGGAGGCUGGCAAUGCAAGAAUAUAUUUCUGUGGCUUACUUAGUUUUCUCAAUGUGCUGGGAAAUUGAAUGCAGAAAGAAAUGGAGUAUAGCAAGGCUUUCGGUUCAUAGUUAUAAAGUACACGGUGUAGACGAGUUUUGCUGUGUUCACUAAUAGCUCCAUGUGGCCUGUGGUGAGGUAUUCCAUACAUUAGGAGAGAUGAGUAUACACAGUGCCAGUCGCACACUCAGGCGGCUCUUUCUGGUUGCCGUUUUCUCUCCGGGAAAGACGUGCUCUGAUAGUUUGAUUCUUAUUAGUCUGUUUGCUCGUUUUCAUGCUGUCAUUAAUGUAAAAAUUGGAUUACUGCCAAAAUAAGAAAAGAGGGUCUGUGAAGGAUUCAUACAGUGCAGUUUUUACAUGGGCAUAGAGGAAGGUGAUGAGCAGCUGUUUACAGUGUGCCUGACUGUUGAUUCAGAUAGUGUUUGCUGUAAUGCAGUGGACUUUGGUGUUUACCUCCCCCAAAGUAAUUCAGCUUGCAACUUGUACUUUAGCACAUUGUAGGUUCAUUUUGGGGGGAAAAAAAAGAUGCACUCACAUUUUAGAGAAUUUAAGUUUGUGACCAUUUUAGCAGUAUUUAAAAUAAGUUUUUUGCAUAUUAGAUAUGAUCAUAAACCAAGUUGUUUACUUACAAGUAAACGUGCUACCCACUUUGAGUAAUUGGACAUUCCUAGACCACUCAUUCUCAAAUUAACUUUUUGUGUGGGUUGCAUUUUAACUAUUAACAUGGGCCAGAAUUUUUUUUUAAUAUAAUCCUGUUUCAUACCUUCUUGGAUCCAGGGCUCCCCACAAAUAAAGUGAAUGGAUGAAACAAAGGAAAUCUAAACCCUCACUUUGUGUACAUUUCAUGACUUAGAGCAUUCUUUCACAUUCCCUUUUCCCACCUGGCGCUUGCCAGAGGACAUUGGGAUCUCAACCCACGCCUGUUAGCCUUGCCUGUGUCUUCAUUCUAGCUAGCUUGGUCCUCUUGUUUUACAGAGGUUGUCACUUGCCCUGCUAGUUGGAGGCAGAGCUGAGCCAUGCCCCAGGUCUGACAUAAGCUUCAAAAGCACUUGUAUCAUGAAAGGAUUUGAAAUCACUGUUAAUGAGCAGCUUUCACCGUGGUUGAGAAGAGACUCCGGAUAAUCGGGAGAACCUUUGUGAGGGCUAAAGGACUAGAUUGGAAUUUGAAAGCAUCGAAUUGUAGAAAAGUCUACAUUUUUUACAAUAGCAAGCAUUAAUAAAAGCAAAGUAUUAUGAAGUUAAGCUCACCAUUUAUUAACUUUUUGAUGGUUUUGAAUGGCGUAUAACCAUAGAAAGGGCUUGGAUUCAGUUUGGCUGGGCCCUAACACCUAGAAGGAUUUUUGUGGGUAUCUUUUUCUGUUUACAUAGAGGGGGAUCAUGUGGACAAAGAAAGUUUUAAUGAAAUACACAUUUAUUUGCAUCGGUCUUCUUACUAUUUUAUUUUCUAGAUUUUUCUCAUUCUCCAGCCUUCUUCUAAAUGUUAAUUUUUAGCAGGGAAAGCUUGCUGUGCUAUCAAGGUUGUUAGCACCAUUUACACGAAGGCUAAAGGUUAACUUUCAGAAAUGACAAGUUCCUUCUGUCUCCGUGUGCUUCGCUGUAUCCUGAUCAUUCCGGUCAUAAAGAUUGGUCACAUGUACUAUUUCUUGCUACCUGUGAAAGAGAUUUUAAGAAUGUAUUACCAACACUCCAUUAGUUUUUAUUAGUGUGUAGAAGAUUUGUAUCUAAUUCAUGAAUGUAGUUUUUCUGUAGUUUGUCUUUGUAAAUGGAGCAAAGUACAUUAUCUUUACAGUUAUUCUAAAAUGUACAUUAUGUAAGAAUUGUAAAUAUACUUGAUUACUUUGUAUGCUGAAAAUUUACAAUAAUAAGUCAAUAAAAAUAUCUCACUUCUGGCACAA